AGCCCGCGGCGCGGCAUGGCUUCCCCGCGGAGCUCCGGGCAGCCCGGGCCGCCGCCGCCGCCGCCGCCGUCGCCGCCUCCCGCGCGCCUGCUGCUGCUCCUGCUGUUGCCGCUGCUGCUGCCGCUGGCGCCCGGGGCCUGGGGCUGGGCGCGGGGCGCCCCCCGGCCGCCGCCCAGUAGCCCACCGCUCUCCAUCAUGGGCCUCAUGCCGCUCACCAAGGAGGUGGCCAAGGGCAGCAUCGGGCGCGGCGUGCUCCCCGCCGUGGAGCUGGCCAUCGAGCAGAUCCGCAACGAGUCACUCCUGCGCCCCUACUUCCUCGACUUGCGGCUCUACGACACCGAGUGUGACAACGCAAAAGGGCUGAAAGCCUUCUACGAUGCAAUAAAAUAUGGUCCUAACCACUUGAUGGUGUUUGGAGGCGUCUGUCCAUCUGUCACAUCUAUCAUUGCCGAGUCCCUCCAAGGCUGGAACCUCGUGCAGCUUUCCUUUGCUGCAACCACACCGGUCCUAGCCGAUAAGAAAAAAUACCCGUAUUUCUUCCGGACGGUGCCCUCUGACAACGCGGUGAAUCCAGCCAUCCUGAAGCUGCUGAAGCACUACCGCUGGCGGCGCGUGGGCACGCUCACCCAGGACGUGCAGCGCUUCUCCGAGGUGAGGAACGACCUGACUGGGGUUCUAUAUGGUGAGGACAUCGAGAUUUCAGACACUGAGAGCUUCUCCAAUGACCCCUGCACCAGCGUCAAAAAGCUCAAGGGGAACGACGUGAGGAUCAUCCUUGGCCAGUUUGACCAGCACAUGGCGGCAAAAGUGUUCUGUUGUGCCUAUGAAGAGAACAUGUUUGGCAGCAAAUAUCAGUGGAUCAUCCCCGGCUGGUACGAGCCAUCCUGGUGGGAACAGGUGCGCACCGAGGCCAACUCCUCUCGCUGCCUGCGAAGGAACCUGCUGGCAGCCAUGGAGGGCUACAUCGGUGUGGACUUCGAGCCUCUGAGCUCCAAACAGAUCAAGACCAUCUCUGGAAAGACCCCACAGCAGUAUGAGAGAGAGUACAACAGCAAGCGAUCGGGCGUGGGGCCCAGCAAGUUCCAUGGUUAUGCCUAUGAUGGCAUCUGGGUCAUCGCCAAGACGCUGCAGAGGGCCAUGGAGACGCUGCACGCCAGCAGCCGGCACCAGCGCAUCCAGGAUUUCAACUACACCGACCACACCCUGGGCAGGAUCAUCCUCAGCGCCAUGAACGAGACCAACUUCUUUGGGGUCACGGGUCAAGUUGUGUUCCGGAACGGGGAGAGAAUGGGGACCAUUAAAUUUACUCAAUUUCAAGACAGCAGGGAAGUGAAGGUGGGAGAGUACAAUGCUGUGGCCGAUACACUGGAAAUUAUCAACGACACCAUCAGGUUCCAAGGAUCCGAACCUCCAAAGGAUAAGACCAUCAUCCUGGAGCAGCUGCGAAAGAUCUCCCUACCUCUCUACAGCAUUCUCUCUGCCCUCACCAUCCUUGGCAUGAUCAUGGCCAGUGCUUUUCUCUUCUUCAACAUCAAGAAUCGGAACCAGAAGCUGAUAAAGAUGUCAAGUCCCUAUAUGAACAACCUUAUCAUCCUUGGAGGAAUGCUGUCCUAUGCAUCUAUAUUUCUCUUUGGCCUCGAUGGAUCCUUUGUCUCAGAAAAGACAUUUGAAACACUUUGCACCGUCAGGACCUGGAUUCUCACCGUGGGCUACACAACUGCCUUUGGCGCUAUGUUUGCAAAGACAUGGAGAGUCCAUGCCAUCUUUAAAAAUGUGAAAAUGAAGAAGAAGAUCAUCAAAGACCAGAAGCUGCUUGUGAUCGUGGGGGGCAUGCUACUGAUCGACCUGUGCAUCCUCAUCUGCUGGCAAGCCGUGGACCCGCUGCGAAGGACGGUGGAGAGGUACAGCAUGGAGCCGGAUCCAGCAGGCCGGGACAUCUCCAUCCGCCCACUCCUGGAGCACUGUGAGAACACCCACAUGACCAUCUGGCUCGGCAUCGUCUACGCCUACAAGGGGCUUCUCAUGUUGUUCGGUUGUUUCUUAGCUUGGGAGACCCGUAACGUCAGCAUCCCUGCACUCAAUGACAGCAAGUACAUUGGAAUGAGCGUCUACAAUGUGGGGAUCAUGUGUAUCAUUGGGGCCGCUGUCUCCUUCCUAACCCGGGAUCAGCCCAACGUGCAGUUCUGCAUCGUGGCCCUGGUCAUCAUCUUCUGCAGCACCAUCACUCUCUGCCUGGUGUUUGUGCCAAAGCUCAUCACUUUGAGAACAAACCCAGAUGCAGCAACUCAGAACAAGCGACUCCAGAUCACUCGGAAUCAGAAGAAGGAAGACUCAAAAACAUCCACCUCCGUCACCAGUGUCAACCAGGCAAGCACGUCCCGCCUGGAGGGUCUGCAGUCAGAAAACCAUCGCUUGCGAAUGAAGAUCACAGAAUUGGAUAAGGACUUGGAAGAAGUCACUAUGCAACUGCAAGACACACCAGAAAAGACCACCUACAUUAAACAGAACCACUACCAGGAACUCAACGACAUCCUCAAUCUGGGGAACUUCACGGAGAGCACAGAUGGGGGGAAGGCCAUUUUAAAAAAUCACCUUGAUCAAAAUCCCCAGCUACAGUGGAACACAGCAGAGCCCUCUCGAACAUGCAAAGAUCCCAUAGAAGAUAUCAACUCCCCAGAACACAUCCAGCGCCGGCUAUCCCUUCAGCUCCCCAUCCUCCACCAUGCCUACCUUCCGUCCAUUGGAGGGGUGGACGCCAGCUGUGUCAGCCCCUGCGUGAGCCCCACCGCCAGCCCCCGCCACAGACAUGUGCCACCUUCCUUCCGAGUCAUGGUCUCGGGCCUGUAAAGGUGGGAGGCCUGGGGCCAGGGCCUCCCCGCAAUGGCGUCGUGCGGGGCAUGAUAUCUGCUGCAGGCACUGUUGGCUCCGGCCACGGAGAACUUGGGCACUGCGGCUGCCUCUCAGGACUGCUUGGAUGGCAUUGGGUGGACAGGAUGGGGAACUUGGCCCCUGACCUCGAGCCUUAUUUGUGAAGUUCUUAUUCUUUCACAAAGAAGAGGAAUGGAAAUGACUUCUUCCUGAAUGUCUGCAAACAAGGAGGAGCUGGGAUAUUGGAAACCUGCAAAAAACAAACAAAAAGUUCUCGACAAGGAGAGAGGCCUAGAACUCCAGCUAGACUCCCCGAGUUGAGCAGCCUCGGGAAGAGGCAAGGGCUCUGGAGAAAUGGCCUCUGCACUCUGCACACACAUCACAGGCUGCGGUCCCCCCGCCAGCCCUUCUGCACUCUGGGGGAGAAGAUGAGCGGGGCUGCCAGGUCCCCCAGGGCCAGCCCGACACUCCCAGCCUCCCUGGGACAGGGGUCCACAGGACUGAUGGACAGGUGCAGCCCUGCACGGGGGGGCCCCCAAGCAGGCGGACUCGCAUGCUCACAGGGGACUUCCAUCACCUGAAUGAGAUGUUUGUUAUUCUCUGAUAAAUGCCACACAUUAACACAAUAACACCCGAUCCGAUCCGGGGACUGUGGGGAUUUAGGGCAUGUCACCGCAGGCACCCUCUGCGGCGUUUUCAUGCACACGCCGCAUUGGCCAUGUCCUUGUGUUCCUGUGGAGUGUUCCCAGUAAUAAGGGGGACCACCGAGCUAACCACAGAACGUCUGUUCCCAGCAAACAUGAGAAAGAAAGAUUGUGCACUUUAACUUUCCCAUCAGGGCCCAAGGGCUGGCUGGGAUUUAUUUUUAUUUUUAUUUUUAUUUGUGUUGCCACUGACUUUGUUUCUGACCAAAGUGAAUUGGGGGCAUUCUGCUAAAAGACAUCCUGAUGUCUUAGGGGAGGGAGUUGCUGGCUGAGGGCUUCCCUUGCCUUCUGGAGCAACCUUCCAUCCAGAGGAGCCCGCAAGCUCUCGCCUCUGGAGAGGGGAGUGUCACAGGGGCAAUCAGUCUGCAACUGAUCCUCAUUCAUAAGAUCACUGUUCCUUUCUAAUUGAACCCCAAAGAGCACCGGCCCUGGAGUCAGAAAGACCUGGGUUCAAUUCCCCUCCAGCUCCCUGUGUGACUUUGGGCAAGUCACUAGUGUCUCUGUAAGCCUCAGUUUCCCCUCUGUAACAGAUUGGGGUUGAAACAACACCCAUCCUGCCUACCUCACAGGAUCACUCUGAGGAUUGAAACUUGAUCUCAUGCUGGAAAGCUUUGUCCCAAACAGUGAAGCAGCCCUGACCCAUGAGGUAUUAGAGUGACAAUGAGCUUCAGCCUUCACUACAGCCUGGGCAGGUGGCCCAGAGAAGCUUCCAGCACAGUCCUCUCCCCGGAACAGCUGGGCAGGAGGGAGGCUCCCAAUGACUUUUCUGACACUCCUAGACAGGUUCAUUCUUUGCUAAAGAGAGGCCUGAAUGACAUGUCCAGGACGUCUGCACAACUGAGCAGUUCGCUCACUCCCUGAAGAAUCUUAAUGGCAGCUUCAACAGGCAGGCAAUAAUCUCUUCCCCGAACUACUGCUGUCAGGAGUACUCUGUUGUUUCCACCAGGCUUUGACGAAAGGGCCCACGGGAAUCACCAUCGCCAACAUUUCAAAACACCCGAGUUCACGUAGCGUAGUCUUCCCCUCCCCUCCUUGAAGAGAGGUUCCUGAGGUACUGUAGCUUUUAGGGGGAAAAAUGUUAACACAUCACGAAUCAUGUUGAAGUCCUUCUCUGUUUAGGCACUAAAAAUCGUAUUGUCACUCAGUGUGUAUUACCAGUAUUUACUUGCUUUCUUGAUUUCACCAAAACCGAAUUUAAUUUAAGGGAUCACAUUAAUUUUUCAAAGGGAAAGAGAUAAUUAAUUGUACAUAAUGUAUACACACACAAAAAUACCUGUAGAAAUACUAUUCCAACAUAGCAGGAAAACAAACAAACAAAGUAUUGGACUGUCGGAGGUGAGCGUGCGUCUGUAACCCUUUGUGACUCCAAAAACGUGCUCCGUCUUCUAGGUUAACCCACAGAGUACAUUCUGUCUUACUGAUCCUGUAGGCUCACCCGUUUUGUUUUUUAAUUUCCCGCAAAUAACAAGACCCACAGAGGUGACUCUAGCUAUUUAAAGGUUCUGUUCUUUUAUAUGCAACCACCACACUGUCCAUUUCCAAGAGGCUUUGGCCUGAAGGCAUUUUCCAAUGAUGUUAGUGCACAACUGCUUUAAAUUAGACUGGAACUGCCAGAAUCAAAUGUAAAUGAGGAAUUUCUCCUUCCCCUACUGCAUGGUAUCAAUUUUUAAUAAAUUGUUGCAAAUUUGUUUUUAUGAAUAAAAGGAAAAAACUCUCGUCUCUAA